AUGAAGUUCACUAUCGCCACUAGCUGCCUUUUGGUCUUGUACACCGGCCUUGCGAAUGCCGCUACCGGUUGCCGGAUCGAGUUGCUCAACUUUAACCAAGCCGUCGUUGGCAGUGCUUGCAUUCCUUUCAACUACAACGCCAACAUCAUCGACUCUUCCACUCGCCAGGGCUACAACGUCAAAGUUAAUAACAUUUGUGGCGCUGACUUUUCUGGCGGCCAGAGAACUGUAAAUUACUCUCUGCGCAAAGCGGGCUACUGCUGA